AUGGGAGAAUUAGACACCAAGUUGGGGGAAGUUUCCCUUAACGACUUAAACACAUAUCAAGCAACGCCUUUUGGUAAAGAAAUGGCCAAGCACUUCCUUUUCGAACCAGGGUGGAGGAAUUUGAAUCAUGGUUCCUUUGGCACUAUUCCUCGUGCCAUCCGUGAAAAGCAAAGGCAGUACCAAGAUGAUUCGGAAGCCCGUCCUGAUGAGUUUAUCCGAUAUACAUACCCUCGAAUCCUCGAUGAGUCACGAGAAGCUUUGGGAAAGCUUCUCAAUGUCCCGACUGACACUGUGGUCUUCGUGCCAAAUGCGACUACUGGAAUCAAUACUGUAUUGAGAAACUUGGUGUGGAAUGAGGAUGGAAAAGAUGAAAUCCUCUACUUUUCUACAAUAUACGGUGCUUGUGGUUUGACGAUCAAAUAUGUUUCGGAGGCCAAUCGUGGCCUGGUCCAACCCAGGCAGAUUACCUUUCAAUAUCCCAUCGAGGAUGAUGAACUCGUUGGACUAUUCGAGAAGGCAAUUGAGGCCUCAAAAGCAGAAGGAAAACGUCCUCGAGCUGCUGUAUUUGAUGUAGUAGGAUCACUUCCUGGAUUGAGAGUUCCUUACGAAAAAUACAUCGAGAUCUGCAAAAGGGAAAGCAUGUACUCCAUCGUUGACGGAGCCCACGGAAUCGGUCACGUUUCACUUGAUCUAUCAAAGCUUGAUCCUGAUUUCUUCGUCAGCAAUUGUCACAAAUGGCUCUUUGUCCCGCGAGGCUGUGCCGUAUUUUACGUUCCAGAACGAAACCAAGAUCUGAUGAGAACAACCUUACCUACAUCACAUGGUUUCGUUCCUAAGGGACCUAGGCCAUUCAAUCCGUUACCGCCAAGCGCCAAGAGCGUGUUUGUCAAUCAAUUCGAAUUCGUUGGCACGGUUGACAACAGCAGUUAUCUCUGCACCACCGAAGCGAUCAAAUGGCGCAAAGAAGUUUGUGGUGGUGAAAAAGCCAUCAUGGAUUAUUGUAGCAAUUUAUCACGAGAAGGUGGUAAAGCUGUCGCAAAUAUUUUGGGUACUAAGGUACUGGAUAAUAGUACCAACACAUUGACAGAUUGUUGUCUUGUCAAUGUAUUACUACCAUUGGAAAUUGGAACAUCAAAUAUCGACGCAUUCUUCAAGAUCAAUGAAGAUACCAAAAUGCAAGCUUACCAAUGGAUGUUGGAAACAUUGAUAAAAGAAUACAAAACGUUCAUCGCCAUAGCAUUCGUGGACAACAAAUGGUGGGCUAGAUUAAGUGGACAAGUAUAUCUCGAAAUGGAAGAUUUUGAGUGGGCUGGCCACGCACUUAAAGAACUGUGCGCACGAGUUGGGGAUGGCGAGUAUUUGAAGAAGGGAAAAUAA